AUGGCUAACGCCGGCCAUGACGAAAUGCCACCACGCCCAGAAUGCGAGUUUGAUUUUAACCUUCCACAUGGCAUUGAUGCCGAGGAGGAUGUCAUAGUCAACCAGAAUUCCGCUGUUGAGCGCAGCAAUGAUGAGCCGACGCUGGGCGGCUCCCGGGAAGACAGCAACCUAGAUCCGCUGUUCUUCGACGACACCGAUAGCGCCCAGCAACCCAUGAACUAUGAUUCGCUACCGAAGGGCUUUUCUGACGACGAGGGCGAGGGCCUGCAGUUCGAUCGCUCGUGUGAGGCCGAACAAGCUCGGAAACCGUCGCCCAAGAGCAAGAAGUCACCUAGGCGCUCCAACAAGGGCGAUGUUGGCGAAGAAGCAAGCCCAAGAGCUAAAAGGCCGCGUCAGUCUCUAUUCGGUGGUCCGGUUGAAGAAGCGCAAGAGCCGGAGUUCGAAAGCAACUUUAAUGACCAAGACGUCGACGUGAACGUGGACGUCGACAUGGAUGCUCCCGAACCAUCCCCCGACUUCCGCCACCGCAUGUCCAGCUUGAACCUCGAUCAGCAGGAAGAAAAUGACACCGAAGCGUUCCAGAAUGCGCAAGACGACCACCCGUUCGAUCUCGGCUUAGGUCUUGGGUCCUUUGAGCAAGAUGACAUGUUGGCAAUGGGUUCUAGAGCAGCAUCCGAGGACAGCUUCAUGAUUCCUCAAGAUGACCGGCCCGUUUACGAGUUGCGUCAAAACAUUGAUCGCGCCAAAACUUCCACAUACAUCGAUACGGACAAGACUGGGAACUAUGAUCCGGCCCAAGAAGCGAAAAUCAAGGCGCUCAAGCUCCAAAAGGCGAAAGCCAUGAAAGCUGCCAAGAAAAAGAGCAAGGGCAAGGGAAAGGCAAAGGUCCAGAAGGAGCACGUCCCGAAAUACAUCGUGAGGCUCCGUUUCAAAGCAUUCGGCAACGUCCGAAACUACACCAACGACGAGGACAAUUGGCCGGUCGACUGGUCUGAGGUCGACACCGAUUAUGAGCAAGAAGCCAAUGAGUAUAAAGGCUGGUACCGACACGAAACUCCGGGUAUCGAUAUACAGAUCCCCAUUGAGGAUCCUCAAGGCUCUGUGGAUGACAUCACAGGCUACCCUGCAGCGCGAGGUUGCAAGCAAUGUCGAAUCAAUGACAAGGACUGUACCAUGGUCGCUGGUGGCUCAUUCCCUUGUGACGAAUGCGAAGAGGAAGAUACAGUAUGCGAGCCCAUAAUCAAGCCCGUGACUAAAGGACGCUGCAAGCAGUGCGACCACGACGAUGAAGACACCUGCUCAUUCGAAGACAAUCCCGGCCAAUCCAUCUGCGACCAAUGUACAGACGGGCAAUUUGUUUGCGAGGCUCUUCCUCCGCUCAACUACAAGGCGCCACGUAUCUCCAUCGACGAAAUCCUCUAUGGCCCUAAUCGCAAGCAUGUUCAAUGCACGUUCUGCCGCGCAGAGAAGAAACGCUGCUCACUUAAGAAGAAGACGGACAAACCUCCGUGCAAUCAUUGCAAGAACAACAGUAUUGGAUGUACGUUCUACGACAUUCCAAAGGCAAUAACAGAGAGACAAGCUGCUGCUGCCAGGAAAAAAGCGUUGUUGCAUCCAACGCAAGGCGAAGCUCCAAAGGUGUCAAUGCCCGGUUCCGAAUUCUUCAGCCCUGAAGAUCUCGAGGACAUGAUGCGCGACGAUGACACGCCACUCUCCCGCGAGCCCACACCCGAGCUCGACCUGAUUGACAAUGACGGUAACAAAGGCCUCAUCAGAAAGGUCAAAACAUCCUUCGCACACCCGGUUGAAUUCAACCAGACCAGUGACUGCAACUUUUGUGAAUUGCCCAUGUUUGGAUGCGUAGGCGAAUUCGAGCGCGAAGUCUAUGUCAUCAAAUGGCACAGUGGUCUUGGCUAUACUGAAGUAGGUGGCGGCCACCGCGAAGACAAGGACCCAACGAGAAUGUGCAAGGACUGCACCAUGGCACGAGCCCAGAUCAUCUUAUGCGACUGCCACACUUACGAAAGGAUGCCAGAGGAUACGCUUCCACUGGACUUUGCUGCGAUGAGUGAUGACCUCAUGUAUGCCGAGCCUGGCUCUGCAGAAAUGCGGUAUCAGCUGUCACGUUGGUGCUCAAUGUGCUUUUCGCCUGCGAAAAUUGGCUGCUGCACGACGCAGCUCGCGUUGAAUGGAGUAGAGGAUGGCGAGACACGUGUCGGCUGCGGCUUGAGGCUUUGCGACAAUUGCCGUGACUUCUUGCAAGACGGAUACAAUGGAAACCUCGAGGAGAUGGCAGAGGCGAUGGACAAUAUGCCGAAGGCUUCUGCGGAGGACGGAGAAUCUGAAACAUUGGAAGGGAAGCCGAGAGCAGAUGUGGGGUAUCUACUCAACGAUAGUCUGCUCAUGCGAUGCAUCAUGGCUGAAGGAUACGACGCCGCCGACGACGCCUGA